AUGACCAAUAAUACAAAUAUUUCACAAUUACUUAGUUCAGUAACAUGUGAAUCUUUACAAAAUUUAUUACAAUAUGUAAAUAUAUCAGAUAAUGAAUCCGAAAAUAUGACACAUAAUGCUAUUAUGGCAAUUUUACGUUCAUCACAUUGUAAACCAAAACCAUAUUUAGGUGUACAAGGUGUUAGAAAAUGGAUAGCAACAAUAAUAUUAAUUUCUUUUCUAAUAUGUGGUCUUAUUGGAAAUAUGUUAUCAGCAACAAUUAUGUUUCGACGUUCACGUCGUGGUCUUUCAUCUUAUUUUUAUUUAGCAUUAUUAGCUAUUGCAGACAUAUGUGUACUCUAUUCUGGUGGACUUUUAUCUAUAUUUGAUAUUGGUUUUAAUUAUCAUCCAGAAUUAUAUUCCAAAUUUAGUUGCCGUAUAGGUUUUUAUUUAAGACAUUUAUUUACUUAUUUAUCUGCUUGGCUUAUUGUUGCUGUUACAUUUGAACGUUUUAUAGUUGUACGUUUUCCAUUUCAAUCUAUUCAUAUAUGUCGAAUGCAUGUUGCAUAUGGUAUAACAUUAAUUAUCUUUAUAUUUUUUUCAUUUUAUGCAUCACAUUGUUUUUUUACUAUGAAUUUAAGACCUAUUAUAAUGCAAACAGAUUAUGGUUAUCAUCCUGAUUUUAUUGUUUGUGAUCUUAUUAAAUAUCAACGAUUAUUUUCUUCUAUUGAUUUAUGUUUUUAUAGUGUUAUACCAUCAUUAUUAAUUAUUAUAUUUAAUACAUUAAUUAUUUCAACAAUGUUUUAUGCUAUUAAACAACGAAGAACAUAUUUACAAGCAAGUAGUUGUUUACCAACAAUGAAUACAAGUCAAAGAAAUCCAAAUAUAAAAACUAAAAGUUCAUCAUCAAUACGUACACCAUUUUUUCGUAGUCGAUCAGUAGAAUCAACACCUGCUCCUCGUUCAUUUAUUUCUCAUGGUCGUUUAUAUCAUAAUGGUUUAAAUAAAAAUGGUUUUCAACGAAAAUCACAACGAAUAUUAUUUGAUUCAACAAGUGCAACAGGAAUACGUUUAACAUGUUCAUUAUUAGUUAUAUCAUUUAUAUUUGUUCUUUGUACAUUACCUAUAUCAAUACGUCAUUUAUUAGCUGAAUUUAUUCCUGGAUAUCGUCAUACAUCAACAACAUAUUGGCAAAUAACACAAUUAAUAUUAACUAUAUUAAUGUAUUUAAAUCAUGCAAUUAAUUUUGUACUUUAUUGUUUAACUGGUCGAGCAUUUCGACGUGAAUGUCGAAGACUUCUUAGUGAUUUAUGGAGAUUAAAAAAUAUUCGUAUAUCAUGUAUAGUAAAUUCAAAUACGAAUAAACAUCAUCAUUAUCAUCAACAAAUGAGUCUUUCUAAUCGAAAUCGUAUUAUUAUUCCAGAUAAACAACAACAACAACAACGUAUGAAAAGAUCAUGUUUGUAA